CGCGAAUAUCAAUCAAUCAUAUCAAUUUUACCAUAAUGGGAACUGAAUUAGUUUGGCGCUAAUGGGUCUGUAAAAUAUUACCAUCUAAACAUCUAUAUGCUUACAAUUAGCCAUAUAUGGUACGAACUACGCCACUUCUAUUGUUGCAUUAAAUUCGAAAAGCACCCACAUUCCAAAUAUGGCCAUUACCGAACUGGUAUAAUCGACACAGUGACCACGGUACUUCUGCAAACGCUUGCAAAACAAUCAAUCGCUGAACAAAUAUAUUAUGCUGAGACAAACGUUCUUUGCUAGUCGGCGUGUUUGCUACGCUUUUUGUAAGGUAUUUGGAAAUAGAGAAUUUUCAAUUUCAGCGACGAAUAAAAUGAGACUGCUGCAGUUUAAAUACCAAGAUAAACAAAAGGUUGGAAUUGAACUGAAAGAUGGUGGUGAUGUCAUCAAUCUCACUGAUGCUGAUCCACAGUUUCCUGACAAUAUGGUUGCAUUCUUGGAAAAGGGAGAAUCUUUACUGAAUGCAGCUAGAAAAUACUCCAGCGCACAGAGCCAUAUUAUAUCAAGGAGUGAGAUCAAACUUUUGUCUCCAGUAACAAGACCUGAUAAAAUAAUUUGUGUUGGAAUGAACUAUAAAGAUCAUUGCCUGGAACAAAAUGCUCCGAUACCAGAGGAACCUAUUAUAUUCAGCAAGUUUCCAAGCUGUAUUAUAGCAUCCGGUGAUCCAAUUGUGUUACCAAAAAUAUCCAACUCUGUUGAUUGGGAGGUUGAGCUGGCAGUUGUUAUUGGAAAGAGAGGAAAAAAUAUUGAGGAAUCGGAAGCAAUGGACUAUGUUGCUGGAUACACGGUUGCUCAUGAUGUUAGUGCAAGAGAUUGGCAAAUGCAAAAGAAUGGGAAGCAAUGGUUGCUUGGAAAAACAUUUGAUACAUUUUGUCCUCUUGGACCUGUCAUUGUUACUAAAGACGCUCUCCCAAAUCCUCAUAAGCUAGCUCUCUGCUGUUUAGUCAACAACUUUCCGAUGCAAGAUAGCUCUACUGAUCAACUUAUAUUUAAAACUGAAGAAAUCAUUGCAUGGGUCUCACAGUUCAGUACAUUAGAACCUGGUGACCUAAUAUUAACUGGAACCCCACCUGGGGUAGGGGUUUUCAGAAAGCCCCCAGUGUAUAUGAAGCCCGGUGAUGUGAUCACCUGUGAAGUGGAAGGAAUUGGGAGAAUAACUAAUACAGUUGUUGCAGAAGAAUAAAAAUAUGUUUAAAUGAUUUUAUUGAAAAAAUUGCAAUCAGUUUUCAUGUAAUUUAUGCAAAGUGUUGGCAGAAAUGUCAAGUGGAAAUUAGUACUUCUUACUAUUGUUAAAAUUUAGGGUUAUUUGGUAUAAUACCUCUAACGAAUGUAUCAGAAUAUGGCAUGUGUUUUUAAUUUUUUUUUCCAAUGGCCUCAAGAUCCUUUUGAUCAUGAUGAAAUAUAUAUAUAUAAUAUGA